CUGGACAUGGCUGAUGGCAUAGGGAGCAGCCCGGAUUCAGAAGGUCAGCAUAAUAAUUUCUACACAGCUCAGGGUGCAUCUGCUGGCGCGGCAUCAGGCGAUGGAGGCCUCAAGGAGCAAGAUCGACUGCUGCCCAUCGCCAACGUGGGGAGGAUCAUGAAGCACAUCCUUCCUCCCAACGCUAAGAUCUCCAAGGAAGCCAAGGAGACGAUGCAAGAGUGUGUGUCGGAGUUUAUUAGCUUUGUCACUGGGGAGGCCUCUGAUAAGUGCCACAAGGAGAAGCGCAAGACGGUGAACGGUGACGACAUAUGCUGGGCCCUCAGCACCCUGGGAUUUGAUGACUAUGUUGAGCCGAUGAGGAGGUAUUUGCAGAAGUAUCGGGAGAUGGAAGGGGAUAGAGCCGCUUCUGGAAGUCAUAAUAGUAGGGCGAACAGUGUGGAUGCUAGAGAUGAAGUAAGAGGUGAGCAGCAAAGAUAUCAAUCAUCUGGAGCUGGUCAAUUAAUGUUUAAUGCCGUGGAGAGGAAUAAUGCUUCAACAUCAAGGCGGCUUUAGGAUCUUUGAGUCCAAAAGUAAUUGUAUGAAAACUAGUAUUUGAUGAUGUGAUGAUGAUGGCAAGGAUGCUCGGGAAGGUUGCUAUAGCUAUUGCAAAGAAGAUGAUGGUGAUCGUAUGUAUGCACUUUUAUUUGUCAUAAGGUCAGAAAUCUCAGGUUUCUGCUUUGCAAGUGUUCGUUGGCUAAAUUCCUGAAUUGAUGUGAUUUUUGUGCUAAUAUUUGAUCUAUGGA